AUGACACCUCAUGAAGCUUGGAGCAGGCGUAAACCAAAUAUUGAGUACUUUUGGAUUUUUGGGUGUAUAACAUAUGCCCGUAUUCCAGAUUCUGCAAGGAAAAAGUUGGACGAUAAAGCGUCAAGUGGAUCCAUAAUGAGCAAAAUCACUGCAGAAGCCAUACAACUACUUAAUGAAAUUUCAGAAAAUGCAGUGCAAUGGCCAUCUGAUAGAAUAAUUAUCAAGAAAGCAGCAGGAGUCAAUCAGGUUGAAGUUUUAAAUUCAUUGACACAACAGAUCACAGCUCUCACACAAAAAUUUGAGACUUUUCAGAAUAAUUAUCUAUUUGGUAGCUCCAUGACACAUACACAUCCUGAAUUUCAAUGGAGUAAUCUUAAUGGUGCUGAAAAUCCUCAAAAAUAUUUUAAUCAAAAACAGCAAGUGCAGGAAUCAUCUGACUUUCAAAAUCAGAUGAGAGGGCAACACAAUUAUCAGCAAUACCAACAACAACCUCAAAGAGCCCACCAACAGAACCUUGAAGAAAUGAUGAACAAAUUCAUUUGGGUAACUGAUGAAAAAAUUGAAAGUCAUCAUUCAGCCAUCAAGAAAUUGGAAAUUCAGGUAAGUCAAUUAGCAACACUCAUAUCAGGACAAAUUCAAGGUGUUCUACCAAGUAACACUAAGAAAAAUUCAAAGAAACAUCUUAAAGUCAUCUCUUUGCGCUCAGGUAAAAAUCUUAAUGAUCCAUAUGCAAGCCGACAAGAAAGUACGCGAGAAGUGGAACAGGUAAAUGAAGAUGCUUUGUCACAAAUGCCUUCAUAUGCUAAAUUUCUUAAAGAGAUUUUGUCGAGUAAAAGAAAAUUGGAAGAAGUUUCAGUGGUUAAGCUUAUAGAGAAAUGUAGUGCUAUACUUCAAAAUAAGCUACCACAAAAACUUGAUGACCCGAAAAGUUUUACAAUUUCUUGUACCUUGGGAGGCGCUCAUUUUGAAAAAGCAUUAUGCGAUUCAGGUGUUUCAGUAAAUCUAAUGUCAUUUUCAAUUUUUAAAAAGCUAGAACUUUGUAAGAUAAAAGAUACUGGAGUAUCUCUUCAAUUGACCGAUCAAAGUACUAAAAAUUCAAAAGAAAUAAUUGAAGAUGUUCUCAUAAGAGUUGAUAAAUUUGCAUUUCCUGUAAAUUUUAUAGUACUUGAAAUGGAAGAGAACACUGAGGUAUCAUUAAUUCUAGGUAGACCAUUUCUCGCAACAGAAAGAGCAAUUAUUGAUGUCCAUCAAGGACAAUUAAUACUGCGAGUUGAUGAAGAAAGAGUAAUUUUUGACAUGCAAAAAAUAAUAAAAUUUUCUGAGAAUGAGUCAUCAUCUUCUUGUUUUCAUAUUGACUUGCUAGAUGACCUUACAGAUGAAUACAAAGAUGAUCAGUUGAUUACUGAUUCAUUGGAAAGAUGUUUGGCCAAGUCAGGUACGACAAGUGAUGAUGAUCCCACAAUCAGAAAAGAAGUGGAAAUGCUAAAAGAAAAUAUAGUGAAUGAGGAAAACUCCCUAGAAGAAGUUCAACCCAAAAUUAAACUCAAAACACUUCCAUCUUAUCUGAAAUAUAUUUUUCUUGAAUCUGAAUUAUGUCCAGUAAGUAUUUCCUCUUCUUUGACUACAGAACAAGAAAACAAAUUAAUUGGAGUAUUGAAAGAACACAAAAGAGCCAUCGGGUGGACUAUAGCUGAUAUCAAAGGAAUAAGUCUAGCUAUUUGCACACAUAAGAUCCUUAUGGAAGAUAAUUACAAACCAAUAGUCCAACCUCAAUGA